UGGCUCGCAUGGUGGUGCGCGAGAUCUCAAUUUGAGACUACCGACUCGGAAACGGGUCGUUGACGGGAUGCUCCGAUGUGUACAGACGAAAAUUCCCGCGUUCACUCGAGGGCUUCGCGGUGCUCUGCCCGAGGUCGCCAAGACUCUCGACGAACGUCUAGCCGCGUUGCACGAAACUGACUCCGAGGUCGACGCUCGUGUGAACAUAGGCUACAGCAAGUCUCUCGGCCGAAAACAGCGAGAAGCGCUCGAAAAAGAGAGGAGAGCAGAGUUGAAGACAAUUCAGAGAAACAACAAACUCCGAGACCUCUGCAGUACCGGCGAUUUUAAGAUCGACUUGGAUCUUGUGAAGACAUCGUGGAGAGAGACGGAUUUCGGCCAACAUGUCCUUCUUAGCGCUGAUCAUUACAACAUCGUCCGAGAUCUCUUCGACUUUGGUUACUUCCUACCAGCUGUCCACCUGAAGGUCGAUUUCCCUCUGUCGAAUGAUGAAUGCUCGCCCGUCCACUACGGAAACAUAAUCUCUUGCGCGGACUCGGCCAGCGUCCCCGACGUGACCUACCCGGCGGAUCCGGGGCACCUUUUCACGCUGGUGAUGACGUCUCUAGACUCUCACCUCGAGUCGACAGAGAGCGAAUAUCUCCAUUGGAUGGUCGGAAACAUACCUGGGAACGAUAUUUCGAAAGGAACGACUCUCUGCGAGUACAUGAGACCCUUCGUGCCUAAGGGAAGCGGAUACCAUCGUUUCGCAUUCCUACUGUUCAGACAGGAGAAAGAAAUUGAGUUCAGCAAGCAUCGGGAGACCAUCAAGGGGACGUGUUUACGAAAACGAACUUUCCGGACGAUUGAUUUCUAUCGAGGUUUGGAGGACGAAAUCACGCCGUGCGGUCUGUCCUUCUUCCAGAGCGACUGGGACGAUUGUCUCGUCGAUUUCUUCCACAAUGAGCUCGGCAUCAAGAUUCCGGUAUUCGAGCACGUUCCUCUGGAACCCGUCGAGGAGAAGUUCAAGAAAUACCCUGAGAACGAGUCGUUUAAUGAGUACAUCGACAAGUUCCGAGAUCCGAAAGAGAUCGCGGAGGAUAUCUACUGCCGAAGGCUGAAAAAACUCGAUCCGUUCAAGGAGGAAGUACCUGAGACGAAGUACCCUCACGCUCACCCAAUGUCGCUGAAGCUCGCGUCCUGGAUCAGAGCUGAGCAGACUCAAGAACGGGAGCGAGUCGGUAAAUUCAAACACAUGAAACGGUUCUCGUUGCAUCCGGAAGGAUACAAGCAGCCGUACAAGAAGGUCCGCGUAAAGGUGUACGAUCUCUAGAUGGACUCGUGUCGUUAGAUAGUGACCACUUACGCUGUCGGCACAAAAAUCCCGAGAUAGUUGAUAUGAAUAAAGCGCGUGUACUCGAAUU